AUUAUCCUGCUUGAUGCUCUGAAGAGCAGAAUCCCUUGAGCCAGGCUUGCAGUGGCUAGACGCCGAACCCCACAUGGUGGUGGUUCUUGAUCAAGGGUCCCCCCGCGACACCUUUAUUUUUAGGCUUCACUCACGAUACCACAUUGCUGACGACCAUGGAGCCCUCGAUGGAGCCCUCGACGACAUCUUUAGCUGACAGAUUUGCCCAGAUUCCUCCCCAGACGGCGGGCUUGGAGGAGACAUGGGCAUUCCUCAAGCCAGGCGUCGACCAUAUCAUGUCCAAUCUCAAGGCUGGCCUUACUUUUGCCAACUACAUCAACCUGUACACAGUGACAUACAAUUACUGCACGACGAAGGCGCCGGUAGGCAUUGGUGACACGUCCGUCGAUCUAUUCGGAUCCGGGUUGUACCACAAGAUGCCCGAAUACCUCACAAUACAUGUCGCCUCUAUGAAGCAGACAGCUAUUUUGCUGCAAGACGAGGAGCUCCUACAAUACUACGCGUCGGAAUGGCAUCGUUACACCACUGGGGCUUAUUAUCUCAACCGUCUGUUCAGCUAUCUCAAUCGACAUUGGAUCCAACGACAGCGGAUCCAACGACAGCGCGAUAAACGGAAGAAAGAGAUGUAUCCUGUGUAUACGCUUUCUCUCGUUCAAUGGAAAUCACAAUUCUUCUAUUUUAUACAAACGGAUAAUCAGAAGCUGGCCAAUGCUGUCCUCCGCCUUAUCGAACGUCAAAGGAACGGCGAUAUGAUUGACCAGGGACUUGUGAAGAAGGUGGUGCAAUCUUUCGUGACCUUAGGCUUCGACAACACCUAUCUCAACAAAGAAUGUCUGGAAGUGUACGAGGAGCACUUUGAAGCGCCGUUCAUCCUAGCCACCGAACAGUACUACAAGAAGGAGUCAGAAUCUUUUCUUGCCGAGAAUACAGUUUCCGAUUAUCUGAAAAAGGCGGAAGAGCGUCUACGGGAGGAGGAGGACAGAGUAGAAAGAUAUCUACACACCAAGACGCGCAAAAAAUUGAUUCAGAAGUGUGAAGAAGUGCUCAUCCGCCAACAUGCAGAGUUGAUGUGGGACAGUUUCCAAAAUCUCCUGGACUUCGAUCAAGACGAAGACCUCCAGCGGAUAUACUCACUGAUGUCGCGUAUUUCGGACGGACUAGAUCCGCUGAGGAAGCGAUUCGAGGUGCACGUCAAGCAAGCAGGUCUAUCAGCGAUCUCGAGACUUGUGGGAGAGGGCAGUGCCGUAGAUGUUGACGCCAAGAUAUACGUGGAUGCAUUGCUGGAGGUUCAUCAGAAGAACUCGGAAACUAUUACUCGAUGUUUCCGAGGGGAAGUUGGAUUUGCGGCCAGUCUCGACAAGGCGUGCGAAGGGUUUGUCAACCGUAACGCCGCCACCGGAUCCUCAUCGACCAAGUCGCCCGAACUGCUCGCCAAACACGCAGAUAUACUUUUGCGGAAGGACAACAAGAUGGCUGAAGGAGAUCUGGAGAGCACGCUCAACCGUGUGAUGGUUCUUUUCAAGUAUCUGGAAGACAAGGACAUCUUCCAAACGUUCUAUACUACCAAACUUUCCAAGCGACUCAUUCAAGGCGUAUCUGCUUCUGAUGAGAGCGAAGCCAGCAUGAUAUCGAAACUGAAGGAGGCUUGCGGUUUCGAAUACACCAACAAGAUCCAACGCAUGUUCACCGACAUGAGUCUGAGCAAGGAUCUUACGGAUUCGUUCAAGGAGCGGAUGACCCAGAACCACGAUGAUAUGGACAUCACUUUCACCGUCAUGGUCCUCGGUACUAACUUCUGGCCUCUCCACCCUCCGACUCACGGCUUUACCAUUCCCGUCGAGAUCAUGCCUACCUAUGAACGUUUCACGAAGUACUACCAGAGUAAAUACUCCGGUCGUAAAUUGACAUGGCUUUGGAACUACUCGAAGAACGAACUGCGAACUAAUUACCUGAACCAGAAAUACAUCUUGAUGACUAGCGCGUACCAGAUGGUCAUUCUUGUUCAGUACAACCGAAAUGACACGUUAUCCUUGGAUGAGCUGUCUGCAGUGACCGCGAUCAGCAAGGACAUCCUGUCCCAGGUAUUGGCGUUGUUGGUGAAGGCUAAGAUUCUCGUCAAUGAGAAGAAGGACCAGUACGAUUUGAACCCUGGCUUCAAGUCAAAGAAGAUUCGGGUCAAUUUGAAUCAGCGAAUCAAAGCUGAAGUGAAGGCCGAGUCUUCUGAUGUCCUCAAGGCCGUCGACGAAGACAGGAAAUACGUUAUCCGAGCUGCUAUUGUUCGAAUCAUGAAAGCCAAUAGGACGAUGAAAAACCAAGCCCUGAUCCAGGAAGUCAUUUCCCAGGUCUCUCAGCGUUUCGUUCCCAAGAUUCCUGACAUCAAAAAGGCCGUGGAGACCCUUUUGGAGCAGGAGUACAUAGAACGAGUUGACGGACAGAGAGACAGGUUUGCCUAUGUUGCAUAAUUUCUCUGCUCCCUUCCUCACUUGUGUCGCCGCAUCAUCGCUCAUUCCUUGUAUCAUAAUGCAUAUACGUUAGAAAGUCGGCUUAGUUCCUGUCAUAUACAUUACUCGCUGUAAUACACUGG